AGAAACAGAUUAAUAAUCAUUAACACGUUUCUUGAUGAUUCUCAUUAAUUAUAUUGUGUUUUCAGAAGUACUAUAACAAUAUUUUAGAGGCGAAAUAUGAUGUUCAAAGAGGAGAACUUCAUGGUAUAAUAUACUUUCAUCAAAAUUUUUCUGAAGCUCUAAAAAUACGAGUGGAACAUGUUACUUUCGCGAAGGAUUCCGAUCUUCUUGCUAGUCAGAUUCAAGUUUUCCGUGAUAUGAGCGAAAGGCCAAUUGGACUUUUGCUACAGAAACAUCUAUUUGAAUGGUUCUUAGACGUUUUCAAGGCUAUCAUGAGUGACUGUAAAUAUUUGCCAAAAUUGGCCACUCCACCGAUACGAUUUGAAGAUCCUAUAUAUGGUACUACUGAUUUAAAGUAUAUAGACUUCGUGAUACCAUCAAUUCUAUCAGUAGUAGCCUUCACUUUGGGCAGUGCAGUCUCUUCCUUCUUGAUAAUCACAGAUCAAGAGAAGGAUGUCUGGAAUCGAAACUUAGUCCAAGGGGUAAAAGUAGAAGAAAUUCUGCUGUCUCACAUUGUGGUUGAGAGCAUCAUCACAAUUAUCCAUACCAUUACGGCAAUACUCAUAGUCUUCCCUAUAUGGGGUUUGGAAUAUAAAGGAUCAAUAUUCGUUAUAACCCUCCUUUUCUUUCUCAUCGAGUUUUGUGGAAUGAUGUGUGGUUUUGUUAUAUCUAUCUUUUGCACAACUGUGUCGUCCGCAUUCUUGUCAACCGGAAGUUUGAUAACGACGUUUCUAAUGACUGGAAGUGUUUGGCCAACAGAGGGAAUGCCGACAGGGCUUGACUGGAUUAGCUACAUAUGGCCAACUACAUUGCCCUCCCAAUCUUUCAGGGGAAUCAUUUACAAAAAUUCUUCCAUUUCUGAUUCGGAAGUUUAUAUUGGUUUUAUAACAAUAUUAGGGUGGACAAUGCUGUUCUUUGUCGUAACUAUAUUUGGUAUGAAAUUGAAAUCGUAGUAAUAUUAGAAGUUUUUGUCUUUGACAUUAUACAUAUGUAUAUAUGGUUAUUAUAGAUUAAUUAUGUAAAAUCGAAAUUGUUGUAUUAAAU